UAUCCUUCUGUUUCUCAAGCAUAUCUUCGGCUACUCGUCACCAUAGAAAUAUCAGCGCAAACAUUGAGAAUCUCUGCCAGGCGUCAAAAUGUCUGCUCCUGAUCUUUCUCAGGCACCAAGCUUGACGCCGCCAGAUGGAGUGACACCUAAUUUUGUCAACCCAUCGUCGACAAAUCCUGCUUCGAUAAUUGUCACGAGUGUGACAUUGGCCUUGAUGCACUGCUUUGUAGCUCUGCGCAUCUAUACUCGUCUACGAGUAACGUGUAAUUUCGGUGUAAAUGAUGCUCUCAAGAGCCCACUGGGACCGCAUCAAUGGAAUGUGCCAUUAUCUGCAUUUAAUAUACCAACCAUACUGAAAGAUGUUGUCUUAUCGAUCUGUCUCUACACGGUUGCCGCCAUGUUUCUGAAAUUGUCGCUUCUGGCACUAUACCUUCGUAUUUUUCGGCCAGCAAAAGGCGCCAAAACCGUUAUAUGGUCCUCGCUCGCCGUCAUCGUCCUUUUCUAUGUCUCAUGCCUCAUUGGAGACGCGGUCAGCUGCGGCCCGCAUAUUUACGAUGUGAAGGGUCAGCCAUCAGCUUCCGAACCCUACAACCCCGACAAGGGUUGCUCGAUACCGCAAAGGCCGCUUUGGACUACGAUGGGUCUCUUCGGGAUCAUAUCUGACUUUUACUUGCUUGCCAUCCCGGUUGGCCUGACUCUCAACGUUCGACUUCCGCCCAAGAUAAAGACUGAAAUGUGCUGUGUCUUCCUCACUGGGCUGCUAGCCUGUGUCUUCUCGAUACUUUCUACAGUGUAUCGGUUCCAACUAGCGGCUGAAUUGAAUAUCGGCGUAUGCUGCAGCUGCAUGCCGAUAGUAGCUAUAUUAAUUCGGAAAGCCGUCUCGUGGAAUUCACUCGCCAAACUGUUCACUCUCCGGCGUAAAGAUAACAAAAACAAUGUCCCGAAUGAUCUAGCCAAGGGUUUCUCGGAUGGGCAACUUCCUAGACCUCCCCAAGCUGCGCGGAUAGGGUUAAGAUCUCUGGUACGCAAGAGCUAUCACCCUGAGUCUGGCCGGGGGAAUCAAAUUUCCAUGUACAGCGAACUGGAGUCGAUCGACGAGGAUUAUCAUACGCAUUUGAGGAAGGGGUCUAGCUCUACCCCGUCACCUCGACAUGCACAUUUUGAUUCACUCCAAGCUCCACUGAGCUCCAAGCCGCGGCACGCGACGUCGGAAGUAAUAGCUCAUCAACAACAACCUGGGAGCACCCAUUUGCAGACUUUUUAUCUAGAUGGUGAUACCACUCCUACGUAACUUUAGAUACCAUUGUAAGGGCUUGUUAUCCCCCACCCUUAAGCGGUAAUACCUUAGACGCUUUCCGCAGAAUAUCAGACUUUAUCGAAAGUCCUCUGUGGGAUGUCGUCACUAACAAUAUUAAUACCUACCCGACCCUACCCUAACCUAACCAACACGGACAUAUUCUCUAUGGAACACCUAUCCACAUACCCAACCUAGUAAAUCUUCCACACCUAGUGGC